UCAGACCUUCCACCUCUAAUUGUGAAGCAAUCAAAGCAGGAGCAGUAUAUAAAAUCAUAAUUGGCUGCUAAAUACACAAUUUGGUGUUGAAAUAAUAUAAAUAAUAAUAGUAAUUGAUCAAUACCAACAGCCAAUUAUCAGUGACAAAUAUUUUGGGGUGCCUUGGGCAUUAAACAAAGACGAAGACCUUCUGUGUGCGAUUCACAAUAGGCAAAAACAAUUACGAGUGGUGUGUAAGAGUGUUGGCCAUUUAGCCAUUUAAAAGAUAUGCAAAUUAAUUGGUAAUUAAAGUGCAUGGUCCUAUUAAUUGCUAGUUUCACGGCUCACAAGUUGGCAACACUGGUGCUUGAGAGUGUGAGUAAGAUACAGGAAGGAGGCAGCAGCAGCAAGCAACAGUGACGCCAUUUUCUGUGCGAAUAUAAUAAAGGCUGUUGGGGCUCGUGACCAAGCAAUGAGCAGCCUAAUCAAUUUUUUGAAUCCAAAACUAAAGCCUUCUGUCGAAUGCGAUGCAGUUUGCGAGGAUGGCUACACAGCUGCCAAUCUCAUAGCAGAUAAUGCAGAGCAGCUGGAGCGUGGGUUCAUGUGUUUCGCUGUGUGCAAGCCCCCCGUGGAGAUAGUGUUCGAUUUCCCAAAAGCAAUUGACAUGAAGGUUAUCAAACUGUGGCACUCGUCGGGAUCUCUGCGUUCGACAGGCUUCGAGGUGCACGGGAAAUAUGAUGGCAUUUGGGAACGUGUCGCCUAUGUACGUGACUUGGCCAAGGGCGUCGAUUCGGUAACAUUUUGCUAUCAGAGUGACUACAAUUCACGUAGCAGCACCUCGGCUGCCCAGCAACAGAGCGAGAAAGUGUUCUUCUUCAAGACGGCCCACAAGAUAUUGGCCACAACGAAUAGUGUAAAAAUUGUGAUUCGGGCAACGGAGCGUUGUCCGCCAGUAUUGCGCAAAGUUCAGAUAUGGGGCCUGCCUGCUCGUUCGCUGGACAAAGCCGAUCGCGAACUAAUGAAGACCAUUUGGAGUGAGAUAAGCGAUCCGUAUGGUCAAAGGGACCAGGCCCAACAGCAGCAGGGACAACGUUCACCCUCGCGUCAUAUACCCGAAUUGCGGGAACAGUCAUCACUGGAAUUGCCAGAGGAGUUCUUAGACUCCAUCACAUGGGAAUUAAUGAUAUUUCCUACUGUAUUGCCUUCGGGAAAGGUGGUCGAUCAGUCCACCAUAGACAAGCACUCUGAAGAGGAGGCCAAAUGGGGACGUCAGCCAUCGGAUCCUUUUACUGGACUCGAAUAUACCUCACAACGCAAAGCAAUAUUGAAUCUAGCGCUAAAAGCGCGAAUUGAAAAGUUCCUUAUGGAGCACUCAGAGCACUUUAAGUCGGUGCCCCGUUCAUUGGGCAGUUCGAGAAUGCGUCGUCGUCAUGCUUCCCAGUUUGCCAGCAGCAUGUGCCAUCCAGGACAGCUGCCGUCAUCCUCUGCCGCUGGAACAUACUCCACACUCUGCGGCGUCGUUUACAAACAACAGCAGCUGCAUCAGCAGCGCAAGACCAAAUCCACAGUAACUGCCACGGCCACAUUGUCAUCGACAUCAGUGGCCUUCUCAGGAUCAUCCUCACCGCCGGCCGCCAAGCGUGCCCGGCACAGCAGCAGCAGCAGUCAUCCUACGGCCUGUGCCACAGUCACGGCCAGCAGUAUUCAUCGUCAGUCGCCGCCAUCUACCUCGACGUCGUCUUCUUCCAUUGACCAGGAUAUCCAGCAAGCGUUGCAGAAGAUUACACGUUUCACACAGGUUGCCGUAUCCGCACCGACAUCUCCGCCUUGUUGCAUUAAUUGCCGAAGUGGUCAGUAUGCAUACGAGAUACGCACCUGUCGGCAUCUGGUCUGUCGCGAGUGCCUUGUCCUGCUGACAUCCAGUCAGCAGUGCGUCUGCAAGGUUAGCUUCCGUGGCGCCGAUGUUGAGCGCUAUCAUAAGCUGCCGUAGUGCCCCCGUCUGCGUGGAUCCCAUCACCCCUAAGCAUAUUUUUAGUACGUUGAGUUAGUGCUUUAUUAUAAGGAUUAUUUUGUUGCCAAUCAUCGCCCCCACCUCACCCCAUCUUAUACAUUGUGUCUUUUUUCGCCAUUUUUGCAAUACGAUUAUGUUUGUGUCUCUUUGUUUCGUAAGCUUUACUUAAACACAAGAAAAUCUAAUAUUUAGUUAUAGGUCGUCCUCCCCGCUCAUAUCAGUGAAAAAGUCGAUUUUAGGGAUGUGCAGAGAUAUUUUUGAUUAUCAAUAUUUAAAGCCAAAAUAUAUAUAUAUAUACAUAUACACUCAGAUUGGUAAAUUUGUUGGUUCGAUCAUCAUCAGGCGCUACCGAUUUAAGUAUGUAUCAGUAUCAGGUCACAACACUUAGUCAUAGAACAGAACUUUACAUAGCAUUAGCUUAUAGAAAACGCGCAUAGAUUUUGUAGAAACUUUAUAUACAAUCCCUUUCGGAAAAUAAAAGACAAGAGUAUAUUAA